GUUCAUUGCACAAUUUCUUGUUUGUAUUCAUUGUAUGCUACACUAGAACAUAUUCUGUGGGAAACGCAUUCAUCUGCAAGAUUUAUCUGGGCAUAGUUAAUGUGUCUCCAUCAUGUGGCUCUGUCUUCUGGUGCUCUCAUUGCUGGCCCUGGUGUACAGAUGGUACAGACAAAGUCAGAUACUAGAGAAUCUCUCAGAUAAAUAUGUGCUGAUCACAGGAUGUGACUCUGGCUUUGGGAACUUAGCUGCAAAACAGCUGGAUCGCCGUGGUCUGAAGGUGCUGGCUGCUUGUCUGACUGAGAAAGGUGCUGAGGAGCUGAAGAAGGAGACGUCCAGCAGACUGCAGACAGUGAUCCUCGAUGUUGCUGACAGCCAAAGUGUGAGCUCUGCUGCUAAAUGGGUUGCUAGCAUUGUUAGAGAUGCAGGGCUCUGGGGUUUGGUGAAUAAUGCUGGAAUAGGUCUUCCCACAGCUCCUAAUGAGUGGUUGAAAAAAGAAGCCUAUAUGAAAAUGCUAAACGUAAAUUUACUAGGAGUGGUUGAUGUGACAAUAAAAUUGCUCCCCCUCAUCAGAAAAGCCCAUGGGCGAAUUGUCAAUGUUUCUAGUGUCCUUGGAAGAGUAUCUACACUUGGUGGAGGCUACUGUAUUGCUAAAUAUGGAGUUGAAGCUUUCUCUGACAGCCUUCGGAGGGAGCUGCGGGACUUUGGAGUAAAUGUCUCAAUCGUGGAACCUGGUGGUUUCAAAACCUCUAUUGCAAACUACUCUGUUUUUAAAAAGUACUUGGAUCAGCUAUGGGAGACUCUCCCCACUGAGGUCAGAGAGAGCUAUGGAGAACAGUACUACCAAAAAUACUUGCAGAAUCUACAAGAAAUUACUAAUUCACUUUCCACCAAGCUCCACAGAGUCACAGACUGCAUGGAACAUGCACUAACAGCUUGUUAUCCCUGGACCCGCUAUGCUGCUGGAUGGGAUGCCAAAUUAUUUUUUAUCCCACUUUCCUACUUUCCAACUAUUAUAUCUGACUAUGUGUUCAGUAAGCCUGAUAUGCAACCAGCUAAAAGGGUUACGUAGGGGCAUUUGCAUCAGGAACCCAUUUAUGAAUAAAUUUGAGAAUUCUAAUUUUA